UGGGCGGGGCCUGACCCCCUCCGAGUCACAUGAUGCGGCGCACGGCCUGCCAAUAUGGCGGUGUGCAUAGCGGUGAUCGCCAAGGAGAAUUACCCUCUGUACAUCCGCAGCACUCCCACAGAGGAUGAGCUCAAGUUCCACUACAUGGUGCACACGUCCCUGGAUGUGGUAGAUGAGAAGAUCUCGGCCAUGGGGAAAGCACUGGUGGACCAGAGGGAGCUGUACCUGGGCCUGCUCUACCCCACUGAGGACUACAAGGUAUAUGGCUACGUGACCAAUUCCAAGGUGAAAUUUGUCAUGGUGGUGGAUUCCUCCAAUACAGCCCUUCGAGACAACGAGAUCCGCAGUAUGUUCCGGAAGCUGCAUAACUCUUACACAGAUGUGAUGUGCAACCCCUUCUAUAACCCCGGAGACCGCAUCCAGUCAAGGGCCUUUGAUAACAUGGUAACUUCGAUGAUGAUCCAGGUCUGCUGAGCUGGACCUACGCCCCAGUCGCCUGGAAAAGAAGCCUGUGUUAACCCUGUCUGAUGAUUAUUUAUUCCCCUCCCUCUCCCUGACUGUAACCCGCGGGCAGAGCUGUGUGCCUUGUACCUUCCCACUAAAGUCCUCCCAUGAUGAGAUCGGCUCUGUCCUGUAUCAGCAGGGAGGGCUCAGCUGAGGACCUGAGAGCUGCUCUCUGAGACUGCGACCACAGCCAGGUGUCCUGAGGGAGAAUCCUGAGUACAGGAGCCUCCGGACCACCGUUGUCUGUGUAGGUGGGUGGUCCAGACGGGUACAGGGUAUGGGGAGCCCAGAGCCAGCUCCAGAGCAUGGAGGCAAUGCAAGGCUAACACCACACAAAUUCCCUCUUGGGCAAGGGCCCUCAGUGUUCUGGCCCCAUCGUUCAUUUGGCCUGGCAUUUGUGCCCAACCCCGGCCUGAGGAGGUGGUAAAAUCUGUAAAGCUUUAUGGAACACAGCAUUAAAGCAGCUGCCAAGUAAGAAA